AGAUGCUGGACUGGAGAUUGGCAAGUGCACACUUCCUCCUGGCUAUGAUCCUGAUGCUGUGGGGCUCAGGAAAGGUGUUCUCCAUGGACUUAGCAUCAGAGGCCUCCGAGUUUGGAGCAGAAAGCUUGCAGUCCCCACCCACAACCAGAGAAGAGAAGUCGGCCACGGAGCUUGCAGCUAAGCUCCUGCUUCUUGAUGAUCUGGUGUCCUUGGAGAAUGAUGUGUUUGAGACCAAGAAGAAGAGAAGCUUCUCUGGCUUCGGGUCUCCCCUUGACAGACUCUCGGCUGGGUCUGUAGAGCAUAGAGGGAAACAAAGGAGAGUAGUUGAUCAUUCAAAAAAGCGAUUUGGUAUUCCCAUGGAUCGAAUUGGUAGAAACCGUCUCUCCAGUUCCAGGGGCUGAUGGAUUCUCAUUAUAUGACUCACUUGCGUGAGAUGCCACCGAAGGAUAGAAGACACUUCAGUGAAGUUCUUUCCUACCCCUUUUGUCAAGGAACUGCCUUCUGCAAACCUUCCCAAAGCCUGAUCCUCCUCAGCCCGUCAUGUCCUGGUGUUGCUAUUCAACUGAGUUGUGCAUGGAUACCUUUGAACGUAUUUUUCCAUGAUUCACACAUUGUAACAUGGCCCUCGAUCCUACUUUUUAAAACAGCAGUCAAAUAUAAUGUAUUUUCUUGCCAUUAAUAUUUUCACAUUUCAGUUAUCCAAUGUGCUUUCUAGUAACCUAGUGUUUAAAGGUCUGAUGAUGUAAAGAAAUAAGAAAUGAACACAUAGUGAUUUAUAUCGGAUUUUUUUUUUUAGUUUUUCUGAAGUUUGUCAAAUUGUUGAAAACUUCAACUCCAAGCUUAGAAAAGAGACAGUAAAUGAGUGUUUGCUUCAACUGUGACAGAAGGCUACAGCAAAGACAAAUAAAUUUUGAGAAACCUGA